GCCUCUGUCAGAGGACAAAGUGUCUCAGGAGACACCUGGAGGAAGAGGACGACGACAGCAGCCCUGGCGUGUCCUUCUCACUCUCUUCAGAAGAGUCGGAGAUGGAGCCUGAAGAAGAAAGGAUCCGCUACAGCCAAAGAUUGCGUGGCACGAUGAGGCGGCGUUACGAGGAUGAUGGCAUCUCUGAUGAUGAAAUUGAAGGGAAGAGGACAUUUGACCUCGAGGAAAAGCUUUCCACCAACAAGUUUAACUCCACCUUCGUCGUCUUCAUGGAAGGCAAAGACUUCACAGUUGAAUACAUCCAGCGGGGUGGCCUGAGAGACCCUCUCAUCUUCAGGAGCUCUGAUGGCUUGGGGAUAAAGAUGCCAGAUCCGGACUUCAGCGUGAAUGAUGUGCGGCUGUGCGUCGGGAGCCGACGGAUGGUGGAUGUCAUGGAUGUGAACACGCAGAGGGACAUAGAGAUGUCUAUGGCACAGUGGGCACGUUACUACGAAACACCUGAGGCCGAGCGGGAGAAACUUUACAAUGUCAUCAGCCUGGAGUUCAGCCACACCAAACUGGAGAACCUGGUGCAGAGACCUGCUACGGUGGAUUUGAUUGACUGGGUUGAUAACAUGUGGCCCAGACACCUGAAGGAGAGUCAGACAGAGUCCACGAAUGCUAUCCUGGAGAUGCAGUAUCCAAAGGUGCAAAAGUACUGUCUGAUGAGUGUCAAGGGCUGCUACACAGAUUUCCACGUGGACUUCGGUGGUACUUCUGUGUGGUACCAUAUCCACCGAGGGGGAAAGAUAUUCUGGCUGAUCCCUCCUACACCCCAGAACCUGGAGCUCUACGAAAACUGGCUUCUCUCAGGGAAGCAGGGUGACAUUUUUCUUGGGGACAGAGUGUCAGAGUGCCAGCGCAUCGAGCUCAAGCAGGGCUACACAUUUGUCAUCCCCUCAGGUUGGAUCCAUGCUGUGUACACUCCCAUGGACACGUUGGUUUUUGGAGGCAACUUCUUGCACAGCUUCAACAUCCCUAUGCAGCUCCGGAUCUACAGCAUUGAAGACCGCACACGGGUCCCAAACAAGUUUCGUUAUCCCUUCUAUUACGAGAUGUGCUGGUAUGUGCUGGAGCGCUACGUCUACUGUAUCACCAGCCGCUCACAUCUGACCAAGGACUUCCAGAAGGAAUCGCUCAGCAUGGAUAUGGAGCUGAGCUCCUCAGACUCAGUGAACAUGGAGGAAGAGGAGGAGGAAGAGGAGGAUGCAGCAGGGAAGGAACCCAGGCGACCAGUCACAAGGCGGUCUGUUCUCACCAGCCCCGUAGCCAAUGGUGCCAAUGUGGACUACGAUGAACUGGGCAGGAGCUGUCGGAGCAGCCUGACAGGUCUGAAGAAGAGCCCAUCUAUGGACUCUUCUGACUCUAGCCGGGGCUCCCAAAACGGCCAGGCCUGGGACCCACACGGCGGCAGCCCGCGCAAAAGCAGGAGGGUGCACCUGACUCAGUUUGAGCUGGAGGGGCUGCGCUGCCUGGUGGACAAACUCGAGUCACUCCCUCUGCACAAGAAGUGUGUUCCCACUGGCAUUGAAGAUGAGGACGCCCUCAUCGCUGAUGUCAAGCUGCUGCUAGAAGAAUACGCAAACAGUGACCCCAAACUGGCACUUACAGGCGUCCCCAUCGUCCAGUGGCCCAAGAGAGAUAAGCUAAAGCUGCAGGCGCGGCUGAGGGUCCGCCUGCCCACCAUCCCCAUCACCAAGCCUCACACCAUGAAGCCAACGCCCCGCCCGACACCCGUCAGGCCCACGGUCUCUCCCAUUGUGUCGGGUGCCCGGCGGAGGCGCGUGCGGUGCCGGAAAUGCAAGGCCUGCAUGCAAGGCGAGUGUGGCAUGUGCCACUACUGCAGGGACAUGAAGAAGUUUGGCGGGCCUGGUCGCAUGAAGCAGUCCUGCGUCCUCCGGCAGUGCUUAGCGCCCAGGCUGCCUCACUCGGUCACGUGUGCACUUUGCGGGGAGGUGGAUCAGAAUGAGGACUCGCAGGACUUUGAGAAGAAGCUCAUGGAGUGCUGCAUCUGCAACGAGAUUGUUCACCCUGGCUGCUUGCAGAUGGAUGGAGAAGGACUGCUCAACGACGAGCUCCCCAACUGCUGGGAAUGUCCCAAGUGCUACCAGGGUGACGACGCAGAGAAGGGCCAGAGAGCUCAUCAGCGCGCCAAGGCCAGGUUCCUGCGGAAGCGGCAAGGUUGGCUGGGUCCUUCUGCCAGCCAGCGGGUGGGCUGCGUGCGGCGGCAGCAGUCCCGCUGGCACCUGCCAGCACUGCCCAGGAGGCCAGCCUACGGCCGCCACGUCCCCCGUAGGACUGUGCCCAGCGCUGCAGAUGGAAGCGGUGCAGCCAAGAAGCGCAAAGUAGAGGAGAGCGACGACGACACGGCGCAAGCCAAGGUGCUGCGGCCCCUGCGGAGCUGCGAGGAGCCCCUCACCCCUCCACCCAACUCGCCCACCCCCAUGCUGCAGCUGAUCCACGACCCGGCAUCUCCGCGAGGCAUGGUGACGCGUUCGUCCCCAGGGGCCGGCCCCAGUGACCACCACAGCGCCAGCAGGGAUGAGCGCUUCAAGCGGCGGCAGCUGCUGCGGCUCCAGGCCACGGAGCGAACCAUGGUGCGGGAGAAGGAAAACAACCCCAGCGGCAAGAAGGAGCUGUCGGAGGUGGAGAAGGCCAAGCUGCACGGCUCCUACCUCACCGUGACGCUCCAGCGCCCCACCAAAGACGUCCAUGGCACUUCUAUUGUCCCCAAGCUGCAAGCCAUCACGGCCUCCUCCGCCAACCUGCAGCACUCUCCCCGCGUGGUCAUGCGCCACGCACCUGCCAGGAUGCCCCCACGGGGUGGUGGGGAGGAGGAGGUGGCUGCCGAGGAAGACGAGGAGGAGGACGAUGAAGACGACGAGAACGCGGAGGAGGGGGGGGUGGCCCGCCUCAAUGGCAGAGGGGGCCGGGCACAGGAGGGCGAGGAGAGCUGGAUGCAGCGCGAGGUCUGGAUGUCCGUCUUCCGCUACCUCACUCGCAGGGAGCUCUGCGAGUGCAUGCGGGUGUGCAAGACCUGGUACAAGUGGUGCUGUGACAAGAGAUUGUGGACAAAGAUAGAUUUAAGCAGGUGCAAGUCCAUCACCCCCCAGGCACUGAGUGGCAUCAUCAAAAGACAGCCAGUCAGCCUUGACCUCAGCUGGACCAACAUCUCCAAAAAACAGCUCACGUGGCUUGUCAACAGGCUGCCAGGCUUGAAAGACCUCAUCUUGGCGGGCUGUUCCUGGUCUGCAGUCUGUGCUCUCAGUACCUCCAGCUGCCCCCUUCUCAGGACCCUCGAUCUUCGGUGGGCAGUAGGAAUCAAGGACCCUCAGAUCCGGGACUUGCUCACGCCUCCAACAGACAAACCCAGUCAGGACAAUCGCAGCAAACUCCGCAACAUGAUCGACUUCCGGCUCGCCGGCCUGGACAUCACCGACGCCACGCUGCGGCUGAUCAUCCGCCACAUGCCCCUGCUCUCCCGCCUCGACCUCAGCCACUGCAACCACCUUACAGACCAGUCAGCCAACCUCCUCACGGCCGUGGGUUCUUCCACGCGCAACUCCCUCACCGAGCUCAACAUGGCAGGCUGCAAUAAGCUGACGGAUCAGGCCUUGCUGUACCUGCGCCGCAUCUCCAACGUCACUCUAAUUGACCUGCGAGGUUGCAAACAGAUCACCCGCAAAGCCUGUGAGCACUUCAUCUCGGACCUGUCCAUCAACAGCCUCUACUGCCUGUCCGAUGAGAAGCUGAUCCAAAAAAUCAGCUAGAGACCCUCCCCCAGGCAGACUGAGGAGAAGGAUAAGAGCCCAACCCACCCCUCUUGGAGAGCCGCUCCUCCACAUCCCCACCUUGCCCUCUGUGUCCUGCUGUUGCCUCCCACCUGACUUGGCAGGCAGGGCCGCUGCUGGCCUCGCUCCGCCGUCCUUCCUCCUUCUCCCCCUGGGACUUCCACCGAUGAAGAUGUCCCGCCAGGCUGGCCAGUACCAGAGGAGGAAUGGGCAAAUGGCAGGGAGCCUCGGCGUGGAGGCUGGCCGCUCUUAAGGUGGAGGUUGUCAUAGAGAUCUCUGUGCAGAGAAACAGGGCACCCUCUUCCCCCUGCUUUCCCCCUCCUCCCCGCCAUCUCCUUGCCUUGAAACACUUGUCACUUCCCUGUUAGCACAAAGCUCGAGGGUCAAGGUCUCUCCAAGGAAGAGGGAGCGGAGCUGGAACAACCCCUCCCUGUCUGUGCCACCACCAGCUCGUUGCUCGCCCUGCCCUCUCAGCCCCCUUAAUUACGGUUUUCCUCGUCUGACUGCAGGGGCUGGGAUCGAGUCCCCUCCUCCUCCCCCCCCCCCGCUCUUGUGCGUCUGGGUGGCUCUUUUGGUGUCAAGGGCAGGAGCUCUGCAGCCAGGGUAUGGCGGCUUCUCCAGCCACAGGGCUGGAAGCAGAGGCUCUAAGGGCCGUUCUCCCCCUGCCCCAGGGGGCGAGGCUGGGGACCGCGCUUCCACGCUGGGGCGGUGCCAGCGUUCUUGGAGCACCGUGUGUGUCCCACGGCAGCCCCACGCUGAGGCGAGGGCUGGGCACUGGCUGGGAGCAGGGGAGAAACAACAGGUACAUCAGAGCUCAGGGAGGACGCAGAGCAGCAGCUGAGGGUGAGUGAGCACACUGGGGGGGACAGGAGCUGCCUCCUCUUCCUCCCCAGCUCCCUGCGCGUGGCCCAGAAUCACGAAGCACUCUGGGGCCGCAACAGCCGGAGGGGCAACAGCUGCUCUGUCUGCCCAGGGCAUUUCAGCCUGGGACUGAACUGGCACAACUGCCCCAUUGCAUUGUCCUCUCCUUCCCCCGCCCCAUUUUAGCUGCCGUUUUUCCUUUGCAAUGAAUGGUUGGUCCAAAGAACCUCUCUCUAGGGCAGCAGAGAGCUUUUUGCACUUUAAAAAAAAAAAAAAAAGAAAAGAAAAAAAAAGAAAAAAAAAAAAAACACCACAAAAAAAAAAAAGGCAAAAAAAAAUCCAGAAAAAAAAAAA